UCGAUACUCAUUUGUUUUCUAAAUAUUGAAAAACAUUUUAUUUACUUUAAAAGCAUAUUCCAAAUAGCCAAAACAAAUGAAACCAAAGAACAGGAAGUAUGAGCAAACAGUCCGUCUAAUCCUUGAUUUACAUUUUCUAUAUCGUUGAUCCAAAAGACGAAAACGCAUUUUGAUCAUCUAAUUUUGUCGUCUUCACUUGCCAAAUUGAUCCCUCUCAAGGAUUCUACUGUCUUCAAUCAGUCGCUGUACUCUCUCCUCUCUCAUCGUAGGGUAAAAGCAAAUACAAGAAAAUGCAAAAGGAUCAUAGUGGUAGUGCACCAUCAACACCCACAUCUCGAAUUCGGCACCGGAGGCGUUCAAAUGAGAUUCCUUCUGACUUCAGCAAAUUAAAUGGAAGCCAUUUACUUGUUGAUGACAAGAACAAGUACAGGUCAAUGUGGAUCCGUGCAUAUUCUUCUUUGUGGAUGCUUGCCUGCUUUGCAUGCAUUCUUUAUUUGGGUCACCUUUAUAUUUGGGCCAUGGUUGUAAUAAUCCAAAUAUUUAUGGCGCGAGAGCUAUUUAAUUUGCGCAUACGUGCUCAUGAAGGUAGGCGUGCUCAUGAAGAUAGGCGCCUUCCAGGAUUUAGACUCCUCAACUGGCACUUUUUCUUCACGGCAAUGCUGUUUGUAUAUGGUCGCAUUCUGAAUCAACAGCUUGUGAAUACAGUAACUUCAGAAAAGAUUUUUUAUAAGCUUGUGAGCAGCCUUAUCAAGUAUCAGAUGGUUAUUUGUUAUUUCUUAUAUAUUGCAGGAUUCGUGUGGUUUAUUCUUACAUUAAAGAAGAAGAUGUACAAGUAUCAGUUUGGCCAGUAUGCAUGGACACAUAUGAUUCUUAUUGUGGUCUUUACCCAGUCCUCGUUUACUGUUGCCAAUAUUUUUGAAGGGAUUUUCUGGUUUCUUCUCCCGGCAUCACUUAUUGCCGUCAAUGACGUAGCUGCUUAUAUCUUUGGCUUCUUUUUUGGGAGAACACCUUUAAUCAAGCUAUCUCCAAAGAAAACAUGGGAGGGUUUUCUUGGAGCAUCAGUUGUAACUGUUGUCUUCGCAUUUGUGGUUGCAAACAUCCUGGGUCGUUUCCAGUGGCUGACUUGUCCAAGGCAGAGAUGUAUGCAGGAUUUAUCAACUGGUUGGCUUCAAUGUGACCCUGGCCCGCUUUUCAAGCUGGAGUAUUAUUCUUUACCCAGAUGGGUUCCUCAAUGGUUUCCUUGGACAGAGAUGUCAAUUUUGCCUGUACAGUGGCAUGCUUUGUGUCUGGGUUUAUUUGCAUCAAUUAUAGCUCCUUUUGGAGGCUUCUUUGCAAGUGGCUUAAAGAGAGCUUUCAAAAUUAAAGAUUUUGGUGAUAGUAUUCCUGGACAUGGUGGGUUUACUGACAGAAUGGACUGCCAGAUGGUUAUGGCUAUCUUUGCCUACAUCUAUCAUCAAUCAUUUAUUGUCCCUCAAAGCUAUCCGGUUGAGGUGCUUUUGAAUCAGAUAACAAGGAACCUCAGUUUUGAGGAGCAGAAAGCACUAUACAUGAAGCUUGGGCAGAUAUUCCAGGAGAGGCUCCUUCUGAAAUCUUGAAGCAUCAUAUUCUCUUAUGUAACUUAUAGUCAUUGAGGACGAAGACUAGCAGAGAACAUGAAGCAAGAUGACUCUCUAGUUUGCUUUGAUAUGCCACUACCAGUCCAGCUGGGGCUUCUCCCUUGGAUAUUCAUUAUCAUCUUGAUCAUCCAGCAUUAGAGAAGUUGGAAGUUAGAUUUCCCCAAUUUGAUUUCUUUGGACUGUGAGUUUUGUUAGAACUUUGUUGAGAAAGCACCGUUAUGUUCCCUUGCUUCCUAAGUUAAUAAUAGGCUGUUAGGCCCUUCUUAUAUGUGAA